AAUAAUAUAAGAACACACACACAACAUAGAUUUAGAAACAUUGAAGUGAAAGGUGAUGUGUGUGGGGUGGAACUCCUCCUCCUACUACCCUUUCAUUUUCAUUUCCCACAUUUCUCUCUCUCUCUCUCCCCCUAUACUUCCUCCCUUCACUCCCCAUCUCUCUCACUUUUCAUUUCAUUUUCGUUUUCUCUAAAACACGAAUUUCUCAUUUCACCCCUCACUCUCGGUCCUCCCCUUCCCUUCGCACUCGCUCCGAUUCCGAGGUUAGUUUCCUUAAACACACCGUUUUGCGGCCUGCGCUGUUGAUCGCACUUUCCAACGUGUGAUGGUUUUCUCUCUCUCUCUCUCUCACAAUUUUAGGAACAGGGUUUUCGGUUUUCACUGUUCCAUUCAGUUUCCGAGCUCAAUUCAGCUAUUUAGCGUCGCGUCCUAUUCAGGCAGAAGUUAUAUAAUAUAAGAUGAGACAAAUGAAGAUAGAUAUUGAAGAUGAGGUGCUUCCCAAUGAUAUGAGUGGGACACAAUUGAAUGAUGAGAGUUAUGAAGGAGGUGCUGGCAUUGUUCUGAAGAAAGGGCCAUGGACAUCAACUGAAGAUGAUAUUUUGGUGGAUUAUGUCAAGAAGCAUGGGGAGGGGAACUGGAAUGCUGUUCAGAAGCACACCGGGUUGUUACGUUGCGGAAAAAGUUGUCGGCUGCGGUGGGCUAAUCACCUAAGGCCGAAUUUAAAGAAAGGGGCGUUUACCGCAGAAGAGGAGCGGGUGAUUGCUGAACUUCAUGCCAAAAUGGGAAACAAAUGGGCACGCAUGGCAGCGCAUUUGCCUGGUCGCACAGAUAAUGAGAUAAAGAACUACUGGAACACCCGGAUCAAAAGGUGUCAAAGGGCUGGGUUGCCACUUUAUCCUCCAGAAGUGAGUUUGCAAGCUUUGCAAGAGAGCCAGCAUAGCCAAAGCUCUGGUGGACUUAAUGGUGGCGAAAAAAUGCAUCCUGAUUUCUUGCAGAAAAACAGUUUUGAGAUACAUGAUGGUAUAUUUGACAGUCUGAAGGAUAAUCAGGGAAUCUUACCUUAUGUGCACGGGCUUUCUGAUAUUUCUGUUUAUGGCAAUAUGCUAAAAGGUCUUGAUUCUUCUCAGUAUUGUAGUUUUGUGCCACCAACAUUACCUAAGUGUAAGCGUCUUAAAGAGUCAACAAUACCAUUUAUCGAUUCCUGUGAUAUGAAAAAAUAUGAUUUAUAUUCAUUUGAUCAAAUUCGAGACAAUAAUUCUAAUAAGAUUGCACAAUCAUUUGGAAUGCAAGCACCCCUUGAUCCUGGUCCCUCCUCGCACAGCUCAAUGUGUUACAGCCAUUCACUUUCAAAUGGCAAUUCCUCUACUUCUAAGCCUUAUGAGGCUGUGAAGUUGGAGCUCCCUUCACUCCAAUAUCCAGAACUCGAUUUAGGUAGCUGGGGUUCAUCCCCCCCACCUUCUUUGCUCGAGUCAGUUGAUGAUUUCCUUCAGUCUCCUACACCAAUCAGUACACUGGAGUCAGAUUGUUCUUCUCCACAAAAUAGUGGCCUGCUGGAUGCUUUACUUUAUCAGGCAAAGACUAUGAGCAGUUCAAAGAACCAUUGUUCUGACAAGAGUUCAAAUUCUUCUACUGCAACCCCUGGUGACAGAGCUGACAGCUCUGCUUUGAAUGUGUACGAGACAGAAUGGGAAGAUUAUGCUGAUCCUGUAUCUCCCUUUGGUGCAACUUCAAUAUUGAAUGAGUGCACUGGUCUUAGAGCCAAUAUGAAUUCAUUGAACGAACAGCUACCAGUUCAGACCAUUACUGGCGACCUUCCAAAUUUAGAGUCUGUUGACCAGGUUUGGACCCCUGACAGUGAAAAUCAAACCUUGUCCCUGUUGAAUAAUACUUGUCCGGACUUCUUGCUUACUUCAGAUUGGUAUGACCUAGGUUCUGGGCAUGGCAAGAACCAGGCUAUCAGUACUGAUGCUGCAACGGCCUUUCUUGGAGAUGAUUUAGCCACUGACCAUAAAUAUAUGACUGCUGGAACUUCUAUAACUAUGUUUGGAAAUCCAUUCUAGCCCCUCUAAAUGUACAUUCAGGGCAAAAAUAAAAAAUGGGUUAUUUCUCUGAACGUACGUUGGAGCCCUCUCCACUGGAAAUCCAAACACUCGCCAAGUCAAGUCAGGUGUGGGGGUUUGGUUGUUGUGCAACGGCAGUGAAUAAAAUGCUUGCUGUAUUUCAGCUGUUCAUCCUUGGUUAAGAAAACUUCUAUGAGAUGUGUGAUUUGAAACUCCAUUACUAAGUAGACUUGUGUUGAUUUUUUUAAUAUGAUUGUCCAAUUUCAAUAUUUGGUGGGCUGAAAAAGAUUGAGUACCAAAAAAUUGGUCAGAGACUAAUGAUUUCUUGUGGCUUUGUCAAUUUUGUUUUGGGUGUUGCAUGUAUUGUACCAUCAUGAAUCUUGUGUACACGAAUGCUUUUGCAAACUCCUGAUUUAAUUGUUGAACUACAUUGCAGUUGAAACAUUGGACUGCAUGGAUUAAGAACGUCUUAAGUUUCUUUGCUUA